AUGCCCGUCGCGCCGGACACCUACACCUACAACACCGUGCUCAUGGGCCUCUGCGGCGCCCGGCAGUGGGGGGACGCCGAGGAGCUCAUGGCGGAGAUGGUCAGGAACCAUUGCCCUCCCAACGAGGUGACGUUCGCCACGCAGAUCCGCGCUUUCUGCCAGAACGGGCUGCUCGACCGCGCCCUUCAGCUGCUCGACCGGAUGCCCGGGUACGGAUGCACGCCUGAUGUUGUCAUUUACAGCACCCUGGUGAACGGGUUCUCGGAGCAAGGGCGUGUGGACGACGCCAUCGAGCUGCUCAGCGGCAUGCUCUGCAAGCCCAACACUGUUUGUUACAAUGCCGCGCUGAAAGGUUUGUGCAUCGCUCAGCGCUGGGAGGAUGUCGGAGGGCUGAUUGCUGACAUGGUUACGAAAGACUGCCUGCCGAAUGAAGCGACAUUCAGCAUGCUAACCAGUUGCUUGUGCCAGAAUGGGCUGGUUGACUGUGCAAUGGAAGUUCUUGAGCACAUGCACAAGUAUGGAUGCAGACCCGAUGUUGUCAUUUACAACACGCUGAUCUAUUCCUUUUCGGAACAAGGGCGUGUGGAGGACGCGCUCAAGUUACUAAACAGCAUGCCAUGCAGUCCUGACGUCAUUAGCUUUAAUGCCGCGUUGAAGGGUUUAUGCAGAGCUGAGCGAUGGGAUGAUGCCGAGGAUCUUAUAGGGAAGAUGCUUAGGGAGGAUUGUCCCUUAAUUGAAAUGACUUUCAAUAUACUCAUUGAUUCGUUGUGCCAGAGUGGCCGGGUAAACUACGCAAUUGAAGUGUUUGAGCAAAUGCCAAACUUUGGAUGCACACCUGAUAUUGUCACAUACAGUAGCCUUAUUAAUGGCCUUUCUGAACAAGGGCUUGUCGAAUCAGCCAUUGAGUUGUUUCAAAGCAUGCCAUGCAAGCCUGAUAUCUUUGGCUACAAUGCUGUGCUGAAGGGUUUGUGCAAAGCUGCGCGAUGGGAGGAUGCUGGGGAGCUUAUAUCUAAGAUGGCUAGAAAGGAUUGCCCCCCAAAUGAAAUCACAUUUAAUAUACUGAUCAAUUCCCUGUGCCAGAAGGGGCUCGUUGAUCGUGCAAUCGAGGUGUUCGAGCAAAUGCCAAAGUACGGAAGUACACCUGAUAUUUUCACAUACAAUGCCCUUAUCAAUGGCUUUUCUGAACAAGGCCGUCUCGAUGAUGCCCGCAAGAUAUUAAGCACUAUGUCAUGCAAGCCUGAUGCCGUGUCCUAUAAUUCUGCAUUGAAGGGUUUAUGCAGAGCUGAACGAUGGAAGGAAGCAGAGGAGGUUGUCGCUGAGAUGCUUAGAAAGAAGUGCCCUCCAAAUGAAGUAACAUUCAAGUAUGCUAAUCGAUUAUUUGUACCAAACAGGGUAACUUGAGUCAACCUUUUGAAUAUAUUAAGAAAAUGCCAAUCCUGAAGUUACGUUUUGCCAUCUACGCUUCCCCUGCCAAAGACGAUUUUGUAAGCAAGAACCUGAAGGAUGCCCUGAGUUAUGAAUCAGUGCACUUGUGCAGGCCUGCCACAGUCUGCUCUUGUGCUUCAUCAAAGGAUUUGUGUACAAAUGAGCAACAGGAUAAUGCCAGAGUUUCUGGUUGAGAUCAGCGCGAGAGGGCAAGCCAAAAAAGGCCUCUUUUGGUUAGGCUAGAAUUAGCCAGGAUCGUGGCUCGAUCCAUGCUCGUGACAGAAAACAUGAGGUGGGCAACGGAGGCGGUGGAGGCCUACAUCUCUCUGGCAAACUUUUCAUUUCUCCUCUUUCUGCAACUUGCACAGCCGAACUGAGACAACUGUGCCCCCACCUACUUCUCUGCGUACAUGACCUCCGGUGGCAACGACAACUGUGACUUGGUUCUCUCCUAUAUUGCAUCUACUGCUAGCAGGAGGGAGCUUCUUGAUUAAGGAACAAAAUAUAUUUUGUCGUAAGGAGAAAAUUCAGUUGCAACAACUAAUUAUUUGUCAGUUACCAAGUGUGCUCAGAUGUUCUAUUCUAUCUGAAAUGGUUGAAAAUUUUGAAAAGCAUUGUACUUCUGAGUAAUUCUGAAAAUUCAUGGUUUCAUUCAUAUCUGGGUGAUUCUGCUCAUGUACCUUUUCCAUGGGAAUUCUGGAUGAUCUAUAUGUGUUAGAAUCCAAAUAGCUGCUCGGUCAGCUUCUGAAGAUGGGAAGUUCAGAGUUCAAGCAAACAAAGGCCAUGUAAGCCUGGUAUUUUUUGUUUCAGUGCUGUGGCAAAGGGUUUGUGCAGAGCUGCGCGAUGGGAGGAAGCUGGGGAGCUGAUAUCCGAGAUGGCCAGAAAGGAUUGUCCGCCAAAUGAAGUGACAUCAAUAUACUAAUCAAUUCCUUGUGCCAAAAAGGGCUUGUCGAUUGUGCAAUCUAGGUGCUCGAGCAAAUGCCAAAGCUGUCCGGAUGAUGCCCGCAAGUUAUUAAGCACUAUGUCGUGCAAGCCUGGUGCCGUUUCCUAUAAUUCUACAUUGAAGGGUUCAUGUAGAGCUGAACGAUGGAAGGAAGCAGAGGAGGUUGUGGAUAUGCUUAGAAAGAAGUGCCCUCUAAAGGAAGUAACAUUCAAUUAUGCUACUCAAUUGUUUAUACCAACCAGGUUAAUUUGAGUCAACCUUUGAAAUCUCUUGAGAAAAUGCCAAUAAUAUAAAGUUAUGCUUGGUCAUCUACACUGCCCCCGCGAAGGGCGCUUUUGUAAGCAAGAGUCUGAAGGAUGCCCCGAGUUAUGAAUCAGCGCACUUGUGCAGGCCUGCCACAGUUCGCUCUUAUGCUUCAAAGGAUUUGUGUAGAAAUGAGCAACAUGUAAAUGCCAGAGUUUCUGGUUGAGAUCAGCGCCGGGAGGGUAAUCCAAAUAAGGCCUCUUUUGGUUAGGCUGGAUAUAGCCAGGAUCAUGGCCUGAUCCACGCCAGUGACACAAAACGUGAUGUAGGCAACCGGAUGAGAUAUUGCAACUACUACUAGCUGGAGGGAGCUUGUUGAUUAAGGAAUGUACUAUAUUUUGUUGUAAGGAGAAAAGUCAGUUGCAACAAAGAAUUAUUUGAUUUUCUGUCAGUUACCAAGUGAUCUCAGAUGUUUUGUUCUGUCUGAAAUGGUUGAAAUAUUUAAAAAGCAUUGUACUUCUGAGUAA